AUGAUUUAUGCAUAUUUAUUACAUCGGGGCAAAUUUUUAAAGGCACAAGAGGCCCUAGAUUUCUCUGGGGAAGUAAGGACCAGAGACAAGAAGGGAGUAACUAUUCCCAGUCAGAGGCGCUAUGUGUAUUAUUAUAGUUACCUGUUAAAGAAUCAUCUGGAUUAUAGACCAGUGGCACUGUUGUUUCACAAGAUGAUGUUUGAAACUAUUCCAAUGUUCAGUGGCGGAACUUGCAAUCCUCAGUUUGUGGUCUGCCAGCUAAAGGUGAAGAUGUAUUCCUCCAAUUCAGGACCCACACGACGGGAGGACAAGUUCAUGUAUUUUGAGUUCCCUCAGCCGUUACCUGUGUGUGGUGAUAUCAAAGUAGAGUUCUUCCACAAACAGAACAAGAUGCUAAAAAAGGACAAAAUGUUUCACUUUUGGGUAAAUAUAUUCUUCAUACCAGGACCAGAGGAAACCUCAGAAAAAGUAGAAAAUGGAAGUCUAUGUGAUCAAGAAAUUGAUAGCAUUUGCAGUAUAGAGCGUGCAGAUAAUGACAAGGAGUAUCUAGUACUUACUUUAACAAAAAAUGAUCUUGAUAAAGCAAAUAAAGACAAAGCCAACCGACACUUUUCUCCAAAUUUUAAGGUGAAGCUGUACUUCACAAAAACAGUAGAGGAGCCGUCAAAUCCAGAGGCUAGCAGUUCAACUUCUGUAACACCAGAUGUUAGUGACAAUGAACCUGAUCAUUAUAGAUAUUCUGACACCACUGACUCUGAUCCAGAGAAUGAACCUUUUGAUGAAGAUCAGCAUACACAAAUUACAAAAGUUUGAAUUUUUUUUUAUCAAGAGGGAUAAAACACCAUGAAAACAAACUUGAAUAAACUGAAAAGGGACCUUUUUUUUUUUUAAUGGCAAUAGGACAUUGUGUCAGAUUACCAGUUAUAGGAACAAUUCUCUUUUCGUGACCAAUCUUGUUUUACCCUAUACAUCCACAGGGUUUUGACACUUGUUGUCCAGUUGAAAAAAGGUUGUGUAGCUGUGUCAUGUAUAUACCUUUUUGUGUCAAAAUGACAUUUAAAAUUCAAUUAGGAUUAAUAAAGAUGGCACUUUCCCAUUUUAUUCCAGUUUUAUAAAAA